UUAGGCUAAUAAAAAGUGGAGUAUGUGCAUAUGGACCUUGGUGUUUCUGAAGAAGCAAGGGAUAAAUACGUGAGAAAAUACGGCAUCCCAGCGGUGGCGAACAUAACAGUAGAAUUAACAAGUUCCAAUCUGUUAAAUAAGAAACUACCUUCCUUGCAGUAUUGCCACUAUUAGGGGACGAUUACGCAAAUGCAGCUCCAGGGCAUUGUUCAACUGUGGCGCCUUUACUUCAGUGUUCCUGCUCGCUGCCCUUAUAAAUGCUCAACAGAGCAUCUGCAAUAAAAGUUGCCUUGUCGUGAUAUUUUAAUCCAUAAUAUUCACACCAAAACGUGACCUGAAGUUUUGGCAUGAAUGCGACAAAGUUGAGCAGCUGUCCACUCUGCUAUUGGACAGUCCAUGAGAAAUUUUUAAAAGGUUCUGGCCAAUAAUAUUAACAAUCAGAUGAGCACACGAAAGCUUAAGAGUCCCUGGACCAAAGAGUCACACACAUUUUGGAUCCUCGACGCAUCCUGAGGCACCUCUAGAACCCCUCAUUUUACAGUGCUGUAAAACUGGCCAUAAAGCUAUGCAUUGUACAUAAUGGUUAGGGACAGCUUUCAACAACUGAGUUUUCAAAUAGCAGUUGUUGUGCUGAACUUAAGGCAGGCACCUCGAGGCUUAUAGGUGCAAGAGUUUAAGGAGAUUUAAAGAUUUUACUUAAACCCAUCUGAUACACCACUUUCCCCCCUCAAAGUUUCUCUUUACUUAGCCUAAAACAAAAUAUAUGACACAGUGGAGAUGCCUGAUCGGGACUGGGAGGAGUCUGUAGUCGCCUGGUGUUUUAAUUGGCUGCAGGCUACAGUGAGAAGCGUGAGUAUCAGUAAUUAUUCAGCAAUGUUUUGCACAAGAAAUGUCAGCCAGAAAGGGCUAUCUUCAUCCACCGUCAAAUUAUACCACAGCGAUGUCAUGCCCCAACAACCAAGCUGGAAAUUCCUUUUUUGUGGACUCCUUAAUCAACGUGAGAACCGACAGCGGUUCGUAUUACCAAAGUAACAGCGUGUACUUGCCACAGGCGUCGGAAUAUUCAUAUGGACUCUCCGGUGGCUCUUGUUUCACGGGGAUCGGUAAGCGCAACGAGCCAACGACCCAAAGCGUGAUCCCCUCUGCUGCUUCGUAUGUUCAAGGAAUGGAAACGUGGCUGGAAACGUCGAGAUCCUGUCGGGUGGAUCAGCCCAGCGCCCAGCAUAUGGCUCAGUGUUCAUUCUCGCCGAGUAUAAAAGAGGAGAGCGCUUACUGCCUUUAUGAGUCUGAUAAAUGUCCUAAAGGAGCGACAGUAGAUGACAUAUCCUACUCGAGCGCAUCCUGCCCGGGUAGCGGCAACACGGUGCCAGUCCCCGGCUACUUCCGCCUGUCUCAGACAUACACGUCCUCCAGGCUCUAUCACGAUGUCCAGCCAAACAUGAAUCACUUCACUCUGCAACGACCUGCCCGUUUGGACAGCCAAGCCUCCCAGCCGCCGGCCGCCUCGGCGGAGUCGGAGCAUGGAGAGGGCCACGAGGAGGCGCCUGUCCCUGCGCCCUGCGCCCCGGCCAGAGGAGAGGACAGCCGCCUCUCCUCGGAAGGCUCGUCCUCUCCCGAACCAACUGAGACUUGCAGUACGGAGUGUCCAGAAAAGCUCGUAAAAGGGGAUGGAAAGAUGGAAAGUACGGCUAAUUGGCUCACAGCUAAGAGUGGUCGAAAGAAGCGUUGCCCCUACACCAAGCACCAGACUCUGGAGCUGGAGAAGGAGUUUCUCUUCAACAUGUACUUGACUAGAGAGCGCCGUCUGGAGAUCAGCCGUAGCGUGCACCUCACUGACAGGCAAGUCAAAAUCUGGUUCCAAAACAGGAGGAUGAAACUGAAAAAAAUGAGCCGGGAAAACAGGAUCCGAGAGCUCUCCAGCAGCUUCAGUUUCUCAUGAGACUGUGCGUCUUUGGCGCCCUCCUUCAUCCAUGCCAAGGACGCCUGUGCAGACCCCACACCCAACUGUGAGAAUGAAAAUAGGAUCCUACUGCUAACUUAUUGAUUGUUGGUCUUUUUUGAAUGAUUUUUGUUUUCAUGUCUGGUUUAAUUUGUCGUGUUUGUAUUUAUAAAUAGUUACAUUUGUAACGCUGAUCAGCUGAAAAUGCUCUGAAUGUGACCACAGUGUUUCAGAGCUUCAGGCUUGUACAUAUUCUUUAUUCAACCUGAGUGAACCAUUGGAAUUUGCAUGCUGGACCUUGGGGAAACUUGUGUUCCAGUUACAUGUAGGUAUUUGUGUGAGUGCUAAAGAAGCCCAGAGAUUUGAUUAAUAUUUGCACAUUUUGCUGGUCAAAUGAAUAAAACCCAUCCAUGCAACUGCAGCCUUCUUAUUUCAU